AUGGGUGUAACUCCAGGGGAGUAUAGGCGCAAAAAAGAGAGGGAUACCAAACGCGCCGAAGAGGAGGAUUUUCGACGAAAGCUGGAGAUAUACGAUCCCACCGUCAGACCGUCCGAUACAAGGGCGAGAUCCAAGUUGCUGUCAGAGGCCGAGAUUAUCGAAGAGUUUAAGGAAACUCAUACAUUGGCGAUCUCAGCGGUGGCCCUUGAGGCGGCAAUAAUCGACAAAGUUGCCGAAUGCUUAAAGGACCUAGAGGGCACGAAUGUCCGUCGAUUAAGGGAGGCGGCAAGGACGAUUUCUGCAGUCACCACUAUAGCGACUCGCGCGCAGCAAGGUGAUGCUGUAGUAGCGGAGACGGAGAUGGGAUCCCUCCGUAGGGAGUUGUGCUCACUCCGCUACGAAAAUCAGAAGAUGAAGGAGAGAAUGCAACACCUACUCACCCAGUCUUCAGCGGAGGCCCCGCAACCUCAAAAGCUCCCAAAAGUUAUCUCCAACGUGGUAGUUAGAGAGAGUUGCGUGAUGGAGAGAAAGAGACCUCCGAUUCCAGAGAGGAGAGAGGAAACAAUACCCUCCGCUCCAAUGGAAGAGGAGCAAGAAAUUAUGGAGUUAGAACCACUCCCAUCUACGAACAGUGCUACUGAGACAGCCUUUAAGAUCCCCAAGGUUCCCCCCAGGGUCCCUAAAGCACCACCAAGCGCUGCAAAAGUCAAGAUCCCUCCCCCUCCUUCUCUCACUGCUGCAUCCCAAACAGAGAUGGAUGGAACAGCGAGAAGACUGGAGGAAGAACUGACGGAGAGGAUAAAUUCCCUCAUAGCAGAGAGAGAGAGGGGAAGAGCAAAAAACAAGGGAAAGGACGGCAGCAGCGGAGAAACCAGAGGCCUCCCCAAUACCGCCAAGCAACGGGCCGAAAAAAAUCACGAGAAGGGGACUAUAAGCCCCCAAUCCUCAUCCACUCAGCCCGCGGGAGGAAACCCUCCAACUUCCUCGCACUCUCCAGAAGCAGAGUCCUGGACGGUGGUCACAAGUAGUGGGAAAGCCAGGAAGGGAAAUCCCGCCCCCUUUUCUCUCCCGACAGGCACUAAGACCUAUGCGGAAGUUAUGAGAGAGGGAGGGAAAAAGGCGACUUAUGCCGGCGCCAAAAAGCAACCGGCCGCGCCUAAAGGAAAAGGAGGAGCCCCUGAAGUUUCCCCUCGUAAAAGGGGACCAACAAAGGGCAACAGGCAGAAGGUGGCGGUCAAACCACCGAAUACAAAGAAAAGGAAGAUCCUUCGAACCGCAGAUGCCUCUGUUGCGUGCCCAGAGGGAGAGUACGAGGAGGUAGUAAGAAAUCUCCGCAGCCAGAUUAAAAUAAAGGAGCUGGGGAUCUCUGGCCUCAGAGCCAGGAGAGCUUUGUCUGGCGCCCUCCUCUUCGAAGUACCAGGAAGGAAAUGCAAAGGCGGAAAUCUUAGCUUCCCGGAUGAGAAAAGUCCUACAAGGGAAGGAAGGGAUAAUAAUCUCCCGCCCCACAAAGAAAGCGGAACUGAGAAUUCGCGACCUUGA